CGUCUUGCCGAAACAAACUUGACAAGUUGGCAACAACAAUCAACCGGAAGUGAAAGUAAGUGCUAACUACAAACUGAAACGAUUAUUGUUAAUAAUUAUCAGUCACAGAUUAAAGAAUAUUCAGAAAUGUCCAUCCAUCCUAACCACACAAUCUAUAUUAAUAAUUUAAAUGAAAAGAUUAAAAAAGAUGAACUCAAGAAGUCACUGUAUGCUAUUUUUUCACAAUUUGGACAAAUAUUAGAUAUUGUUGCACUAAAGACAUUGAAGAUGAGAGGACAAGCUUUUGUUAUUUUUAAAGAAAUUAACAGUGCUGCUAAUGCAUUGAGAUCCAUGCAAGGUUUCCCAUUUUAUGACAAGCCUAUGAGAAUCCAGUUUGCUAAGAAAGACUCUGAAGUUAUUGCUAAACUAAAGGGAACAUAUGUAGAACAACCAAAAAGACCAAGAGAGAAAAAUGAAGAUGAAAGUGCCAAACGUAAGAAGAAGAAGUCACAAGGAGCAUCAGAUGGUGGCUCGUCUUCACUACCUCCACAAAUAACACCAAGACCACCACCACAAAUCAACCCAUCAGCACCAAAUGCUCCAUCAUUGCCACAGACUGCGCCACCAUCUAUUAGUGCAAUACCAGAACAACCCCCCAAUCAGAUUUUGUUCAUCACUAAUCUGCCAGAGGAGACAACAGAGAUGAUGUUGUGCAUGCUCUUUAACCAAUUCCCAGGCUUUAAAGAAGUCCGUUUAGUGCCGGGUCGCCAUGAUAUAGCUUUUGUUGAGUUUGAAACAGAUGUUCAGGCUGGGGCAGCUAAAGAUGCCUUGCAGAGUUUUAAGAUUACACCAACCAAUGCAAUGAAGAUUACAUUUGCUAAGAAAUAGUUUUAGAUUUUUUUUUCUUUGGUGUUUUUUAAAUUUUGUUUUUGUUAAUUAAUAAAUAUUUAGCAGUU